AUGUGCCACAACCGUAAGGACAAAGAGAAGCGCUGGGGUGAAAUCGCCUCAGGUUUGAAUGUAUCAGCCUACAGAUUCGGCCGAGCAGGAGUGGAGUGUUACUGCCAGCAUGAGAGCGGAUCGGCUGUCAUCCAGUUGGAGUUUCUUGUCAAUGAAGGAGCGCUGGUUAGUACUUUGGCAGAUGACAGUAUUCAUUUGUGGAAUCUGAGGCAAAAACUUCCAGCCAUCCUUCAUUCUCUUAAAUUUAAUCGGGAGAGGAUCACGUUUUGCCAUUUGCCGUUUCAGAGUAAAUGGCUGUACGUUGGCACGGAAAGAGGGAACAUUCACAUUGUCAAUGUGGAGUCCUUCACCCUCUCAGGCUAUGUGAUCAUGUGGAACAAAGCCAUCGAACUUUCUUCAAAGACUCACCCUGGACCUGUAGUUCAUAUCAGCGAUAACCCUAUGGACGAAGGCAAACUUUUAAUUGGUUUUGAGUGUGGCAUAGUUGUGCUGUGGGACUUGAAAUCGAAGAAGGCUGACUAUCGGUACAACUAUGACGAGGCGAUCCACUCUGUGGCUUGGCAUCACGAGGGGAAACAGUUUGUUUGCAGUCACUCAGAUGGCACGCUUACCACAUGGAAUAUACGCGCUACUGCCAAGCCUGCCCAGAUUAUUACGCCGCAUGGUAAGCUUCUGCCCAAACAAACUCCCUUCCAAGUUCCUCAGCUCCUGGAGGUGCGUAUGCAGUGUGAGCUGAAUGAAGUGGAGUCUCCCGAGGGCGGAGGCGAGCAGGCGUCAGCUGUUUCCACCCCAGGAACCUCAUCCAGCCCUCAGACCAGCCUGCCUCAGUCCCACCCCUCCACCAGCAGCAACAACUCGUCUGACGGCCUGCGAGAUAAUGUGCCCUGUCUCAAGGUCAGGAGUUCUCCUCUCAAACAGUCUCCGGGUUACCAGGUGGAGCUGCUCAUUCAGCUGGUGUGGGUCAGCGGGGAGCCGCCACAACAGAUCACCAGCCUGGCCGUCAACUCUGCAUAUGGCCUAGUUGCUUUUGGCAAUGGUAAUGGACUUGCCGUGGUUGAUUACCUUCAGAAAACUGUGCUUCUGAACGUGAGCACAGCUGAGCUGUAUGGCUCAACAGAUCCGCACCACAGACAACCACACUCGCCCCGCAAAACCAGACAGCCCUCGGCAGACACUCUGCAUAAGAAGUCUUGCAUGUCCGGCCUCUCUAACUUUUAUUCUGAAUCUGUGAAAAAGCUUCGUUCUUCUUACCUCAGUCUUUGUGAUGGUAAUGAUGCAUCAGCCGCACCAGAGGAGAGAUGCAAAUCACCAACUUCAGGCUCCGGUUCACCAUGCAAUUCUGAUGAAGACAGCAAACAAAAGUUCAUUGACAAGGUGAAGUCCACAAGCAAGCGGAUAUCCAAGACUUUUGCCAAUGACUUUGCUAAGAUAUCCCGGAAAAUUAACAUGAUUGCUGAUCAGAAAGAUGACGCCAGGGACAACUCGUUCAGCCGCUCACGCAGCUCCAGUGUGACCAGCAUUGACAGAGAGUCACGUGAGGUCAUUUCUUCCUUCUACUUUUGUGACUCCCUGUCCAAGAAGAGCGAGACUCUGGCAGUGCCCAGCCUGUGGGUGGGCACCUCAUUGGGCAGCAUGCUGGCCAUCGCCUUCACUGUGCCCUCCACACCAGAGCAGAGGAUGCAACAGCCUGUGGGCAUCUCUUUCUGUGGUCCAGUAGUGCGCUUGAAGGGAGGUAUUUUGCGCAUGGCCCAGCUGGAUGCCAGCGGGACCCUUCUGCCCCAUGUUUACGAGUCCUGGUUUGAGCCCAACACCCCUGAGGAGGAGAGAGAACGGCCACGGAGACGCUGGCCCACCUCGCCGCCUUCUUCUCAGGAGAACCCGGACUGUCAGUACGCCGUGGUCUGCUCAGAGAAACAGGCUAAGGUGGUGGCGAUGCCCUCCCAAAACUGUGUCUAUGAACACAACAUCACAGAGACCUCCUUCGUACUUAGAGCAGAUGUGGUGACGAUGACUGCAGGGGUCGGCAUCGCUUGCUUCUGUGCCAAUGGCCAUAUCAUGACCCUCAGUUUGCCCAGCCUGCGGCCACUGCUAGAUAUGAACUACCUUCCCCUGACAGACAUGAGGAUAGCUAGAACCUUCUGUUUCUCAAACCAAGGCCAAGCCCUGUACCUCACAUCGCCCACUGAGAUCCAAAGAAUCACCUAUAGCCAGGAAACCUGUGAUAACCUGCAGGAGAUGCUCGGAGAGCUGUUUACUCCAGUGGAGACACCAGAGGCUCCAAACCGAGGCUUCUUCAAGGGCUUAUUUGGAGGCGGGACUCAGUCCUUAGACAGAGAGGAUCUGUUCGGAGAGGUGGCUGCUGGUAAAGCUUCACGCAGCCUGGCGCAGCACAUCCCAGGUCCAGGUGGUAUUGAGGGCAUGAAGGGGGCUGCAUCCGGUGUGGUGGGAGAGUUGGCACGGGCGAGGAUAGCUCUGGACGAGAGAGGACAGAAACUAGGCGAGCUGGAGGAGAGGACAGCAGCCAUGAUGGGCAGUGCUGACUCCUUCUCUAAACACGCGCAUGAUAUAAUGCUGAAAUACAAGGACAAGAAAUGGUACCAGCUCUGAGGUCCCUGCAGGGCGUCAGCGGACCUUCCUAUGAAGACAGCAGAUCCAUCAUCUCUCCUCCAUUUCUUCCUUCUCUUUCUCUGUGAUGUCCAGAGACUGCCACUCGCGCUCAGCUCAACGUCACGCGGCAUUACCUCGAGCUGAGGAGCUGCAGAGGAGACAGGAGGGGAAGGAACAGGACAGGCGAAAUGCAUCAGGACGGGAUUUCCUUCCCUUCUCGGUGGCAGUUUCCUCUCCUGAAAACAAAGCCGUGGAUCUUGUCUUGGGAGAGGAGGCCCAUCACCGGUGCUGCCCCCCGUCUUAUACCUUCAUCCGCCAUGCUGUAAUUUUCACUGCCAUUCUGUCUGCAAAGAAAAUACCGAAAGGACAUUUUGGGAAAUUAAAGAUUUAAGAUGAAUGAAAUGAGCCAGAGGGACAUAGAGCUGACAAAAGAAAGUCUAACGUCUGCAGCAUUGCCAAGCUUAAUGCUUCUGAUAAUCUGUCACUAGAGCAAGAAUAGGUUGCAUGUCUAGUGAUUUCAUUUAGGAAAUUAGUGCUUUUUCUUGUUUUUGGAAUUGGGAUGAAUCUCAUCUAGCUAAUAGUUCACCCCAAAAUCAAGAUUUUUGUUGAAAAAUUACAUAAAUUAGAUUUUAGGUUGAAGCAUAACUAGAUUUCAUGAGAUUCACCCAGUAAUCAUGUUAGCUAUGGAAAAGGCCGGAUUGUCUUAUGUAAGGUGCGAUGAAGUACCAUUUAAUUUCACCUCUAAAGGGCUGGAAGUUGCUGUAUUUGCCACAUAUCAUGUGAUUAUUUUGCCAUAUGAAAUUGCAGACGGGCCUGGGCAGCAAAGCUGAUCUGAUGCAUCAUGCAUCAUUUUGUUGUUCUUUCGUCUAAAGGACAUAUUGGUUUACACUGAUCAGGUCUCAAAAGAGCUUUUAGGGAAGAGCUCUGACUCUGAUGUACACUAUACGCUGUGUUGACACUGGAGAAAGAUGUUCAUUUUAAGUAUAUAUAAAGAUCUAAUUAGCGUGACUGUCUAAAAGCGUGUCUGGCUCAUAAUGCACACCAACAUCAAAAGAAAAAGUAAUAUUUUGCAUGAAGACAAAAGUUUUUUUGCAUUGUGCUUAGAAAAAAACACUGUAAUACAAUUGUAUUUUUGUUUAAAUCGGCAUACAUUAAAGACAGUACAAAUACCACUAUGAUAUAUAAAUAUUUGUCAAUUUAAAUGUUUCUUUUUUACAUUUUGGUACAUUUAUUUAUUUUGUUUCAUUACAGAAUUAAAAUGUGCCUAAUUAUUCACAAUGCAAAAAAUUGGUUUAAUUUUCUGUAAACUGUUAUGUUUCUAAGUUCUCAGAUUUUUUGGGGGGCGAAAUAUGACCCAGACAUGCUUUUAAAAGGUUUUACCAGUGCUGAAUAUUUGCUGGUUAUGUACAAACAGAGAUCUGGAGCACGUAAAUGAUUUUUGAUCUACAGGAGCAGGAUAUUUUUAUCACGAAGGAGUGCGAGUGAGAGUUGGGAAGUGUGAGGCAUGAUCUUGAUUAUGUGCCUUGUGAUGAAUGUCUCCGGAAACGAGGGACACCGGUGGAAUGUGCCGAGAGUACGGAUUCUUCAUAUGCAAAACCGGUUCCUCCUCAUUUCCCAUGAUGCAACUGCUCCUGGACGAGGAAAUCUCUAGGCUUAUGCCAGACUCAGUACAGUACCUGGUGACUUCCUCCUCUGAAGUACAUGAGGAAUGGAUUUCUCUGUGUAUUUUCUAAGAAGCCUUUUUCGGAUGGACUAUUGCAUGAGUUUGUCAUCCUCACAGAGAUGUGAAUAUAUCUAUCUCUGUGUUCGUUGCUGCAGUGGAGGUGACCACUAAAUGUUCAGUGCAACUCCAUACUCUCGAUCAGCAGCCCUCGGAUGGGCGUUACCUUCUGCCUUUGCUUUGCGACCCAUGAAUAUAUGCUAACCUCGACUCGUGUGCGUAUACGUGUGUUCCUGAACAUACAUGUAUGCAAGAAUAUGUGUAUGCUCACGUUUAUAUAAACUAAAGAUACAAUAUAUUUGAAAGCAUAUGUUGGGAUGUUUUCUUUAAGUGGGUUUUCUUAUUUAUGAGGUGUAAGAAAUUGCUGCUAUUUGUGUUUAAAAUUAGAAGCAUCUGUCAAAUCUGUUGAUGCUUGUUAUUUUCCUUCCAGGCAUAUGAAAGAGUUCUCCCGAAAAUGAAGAUUUGCUGAAAACGUACUCAUCCUCAGGCCAUCCAAGAUGC